UUAUGUUUGGGUUAAGUUCACAAUUUUAUUUAUCUGACUCAUUUAUUAUUGUUUUUUUUUUUUUUUGCUGUAUUGUUGACCAGCAGCAGAAACAGGCUAUACCAUUUCUAGGGGGUCAAAUUAUUGGAAACUAUGACGGCCACAUAUAUGUUUGCUCCCAGACGAGCCUGAAUGCUCUGGUACCAGUUCCUUGGGAGAAGCAAGUGGAGGCACUUCUGGUUGAUGAACAUGUUGACGAAGCUCUUUCUCUUCUCGAAAAAGUUGGACACCCAGGCCGACAGAGUGGUCAGAUUGAUCCUUUAAAGAGAAGAUGUAAGCAGCAGGCAGCUUGUAUCUAUUUUUCUCGGUCAGAUCUAGAGAUUGCUCUUGACCUUUUCUUAGACUUAGAAAUUGAUGAGAGAGAACUUAUCUCAAUAUUUCCUGGGAUAAUGCCAUCAGCAACUGCUUUUGCAAGAACAGUUCCACCUCUUCACUGUAUUGCGGAUGUGAAUCAGCUUUCCCAUGGAGACGAUAAAAAAAUAAUACAGGCUAAACAGUUUUUGCUGCAUUUCCUGCAAAUGGCUCAUGACUCCAGUAAAAGCUUGCAUUGUAUGGAAAUUGAUACUGCUCUGCUUAAGUUGUAUGCUGAACUUGGACAAAGCAAGGAGUUAGAGACUUUACUUGAAUCACAACUUUUCAAUGGUGACUUUCAAAGUUGUUUGGCUGGACUGAAAGAUAGAGGCCUCCACCAUGCCCAAGCUCUUCUCCUGUUAAAUCAUGGGAAAAGGUCUGAGGCCUUAUCUCUUUGGUGCCAGAUGAUAUCAGGAGAAUUAAAUGAUUCGAAUUUCAAAGGUAUAAUUUUCUUUGCCCAAGUGCUCAAAAAAAUAGGGGAUGCAGAAAUUCUGUGGCAGUAUGCCGACUUAGUCUUAGAUAAUAAUGAAGUACAUGGUGUUGAAUUAUUUAUCCAGAAGCAAACUGCAAAAGAUACUGCUCCUGCUAUGGAACUUGACCCACACACUGUUGCCAAUUAUCUUCAACGCUAUCCCAAAGCUCUUAUUUUGUACCUUGAAUAUUUAAUCAACGAGAAAGGAAUUGAAGAAGAGAAGUUUCAUACUCAACUGGCUGUGCAGUACAUCGAUGUCAUAUCAAAGCUGAAGUCUCAAAGUACAGAAAAUGAACCGGACCUUAAUGAAAACAUUUUACGGCUGAGGAGAUUUCUCCAGAAAUCUAAUCAAUACCGUGCAAAGUUUCUUUUACCUAAAGUGCGAGAUGUUGGAUUAGAUCAAGAAGUAGCUGUUCUUUAUGGGAAGGUUAGUAUUAUUACACAGCUCUUUUCUUCAAUCUUUAAACAUAUCUGUUUUGUUUUACUGUACUUUAUUUUCUUUCUUUGUUUUUUUCAUCCAAAAAUUGAUGGGAGAUCAUGAAAAGGCUCUCUGUAUUCUUGCUACACAACUCAGAGACUUUAAGGGCGCCGAAGAAUACUGUCUUCUAAAUGGGGUCAGAAAGGAAAACAACUCAUAUAAUAUGUUAUUUCAUAGUCUUUUAUCUAUCUACCUGAAUCCAGAACCCAGUGGAGGCAAGAAAGAUGAAUAUCUUGUACCUGCUCUGGAUUUGCUGGAUGCCUAUGCAUCUGACAUUGACCCAGUGAGGGCAAUUGAAAUGAUACCAUCUCAUUGGUCAGUGAGCGUUUUGGAAACCUUCUUAAAGGGAGCACUUCGUUCAACUAUGAACAAGGUAUAAAUGGUUAUAAACAAUAUUUCUUU